AUGUCAAGCAGUACACAUUCUAUACUUUCCACUACAAUACCUCUUUAUAAUACUCUUAUAGAUCAUGCAAAAGAAAUUAUUAAUACAGAAAAUAUUAUUUCAAUUAAAGUAGCAGCAGAAAAGUGCAAAGAAAAAUUGUUAGAGUAUUAUAAUAGAACCAAUGAAACCUAUCUUAUUGCUACCAUUUUGAAUCCAAGAUUUAAAACAUUAAUUUCUUCAAUUUACAACACAUUUUAUGCACCUACUUUAUCUGAGGUUUCAAAUGAAAAUGAAUCUUUUGAACAGAAAAAUUCCAUUAUAGGAUGCUUAUUCAAAAAGUGCUGUACAGAAAAAAUAGAUGAACUUCAAGUAUAUCUUUCUUUACCUACAGUUGAUGAAACAGUGAAUUUUCUUGAAUGUGUAUCAUCAGAACAAUGUUUUUCAAUUAGCAAAAAUUUAAUUACAGACAAUAGAAAUCAGUUAGCAGGUAAAACUGUAAGAGCUUCAAAAGAAGUAUACAACAAUAAUGCAGAAAUUAGUGAAGAAGAGGCUAGUGACAGUGAGUCAGUGGUAACAGUAAACAGCUUCCAGAGUGAACAUGAAGAGUGGAGAAAAAUGGCAAAAUUGGAAAAAUAUAAAGCCUGGGUAAAAGUAUCAGUAGUUAAGGGAAAAAAUUUAGGGGAGAAAAUCCAAAAUAUUACUUCAGCAUUAGACAAAAAUAUUAUUACAAUCAGAACUGAAAAAAAUAGAGAUGAUCGCGAACUAUAUAUUGCAAUUUAUUUUGGAAAAAAGGAAGAUAUGGAAAAGGCAU